UGGGUAGACAGCAACCCUAUUAGGAUGCACAUCUCCUCGGGAAAUCGAUUUCUUGAUCUGCGGAGACUGGUGCGAGUGAGCGCGAGCGCGUAAUUGUAUGGAGGGCGGGGGGAGCGCGAGACAGACAUCCCGCGGGUGGAAGCGCCUUUUCCUCACAGAAAUCGAACAAGUGAGAAACUGUUGCUUCUUGAUGAUAUCUUAACAAAGAAAUUGCCAUUUUCGACUUUUAAAUAAUAAUUUGGCUACUAAAUAAUAUAUUACAAGUAACAGUAGUAGUUUAAUGAUUCCCAAAGAUACAGAAGUAGGCGUGUUUAAAGUGAACUGACUUGAAGACGCAGAAAAGGCUGCAAAGAAGCAGCAAAAGGAGAAGACAAGAGAUAUUGCAAGCUGACAACAGUCAGAGCAGAGUGACCGAUAAAGAAAAACCCGAAGGCGCGAGAUUCUCUGACAUAUUCUGAGCUGUUCGCUCACGCGAGAGGAGCUGCUCUGUCGUGCGGAGUUACUCAUCAAUUUUCAUAUUCUCUGGGAACUUAUAAGUGAGAAACAUGUCAAGAUGCCAGAGGAGGUUGAUCUUGGGACCUGAAUGUUACUCAGCUGAAGUUUGAUGAAGACCAGCAGGAAUUGAAAAUCAACACGAGUGCUGUGAGCCUGAUUUAAAAUUGUAUCUCACAAUCCAUUUACCCUCAGGCUUACAAGACGUUUGCAAGCGAAGCACUUAAACCUAAGCAUUUGAAGGUUUAAGAUUGUCACAAAAAGACAAAGUAAUAUAUAACGUGGAUUGUUUUUGAUAAAUUUGAAUCACAGCUUUCUUCUAUGAGAGGAGGGGCAGAGUUUGUUUAUAUGCUGCAGUGGAUAUGGACUUUACUGGGAAUUCCUCAGAACGCUUCUUGAACUUCUCAUGGAAAAAUGAGCCACACCGCUGUCACUCCACCAAUCUAUAAGAAGACGUAACCGCCACACAGCAACCCCUGAGAAAUACACAUCCACAUCACCUGAUAGAAUCUCCAUCCACGGACAAAAAUUCAGAGACACCAAAUCCCUCAUGCUGCUUAUAUCAGACAAGCAAUAUACAUUUAUAUGACAGUAUAAACCCACUGGAUCAUCCAGAAUUGCUGUUCAUCGUGAUAACUGGAUCCAGUGUGUUUCACUCAAAAGAGCGGGUACUGGUUAGAGGGCUGGCUGUUAUGAUUUUAAUGUUGUAGAUACAAGCAGAAAGGUAAAACGGCAGAAACUGAAACUUGAGGGGAAAAAAGGAAUGAACACAAACAUCCUUUAAGACAUUGUUCCAUAUAGGACAUUUGAUUUGUUUGUUGCUGGAGGUGGAUUUUUCAUAUCGAAAAAACUGUUUCUUUUCAUUUAUUUCUGAGACACAAGCCACGUUUCAUCGUAUCUGACUCCCUCGUUAACUUUUCUAUCUUACCUUAGUCCUUUUUCCUUCCCAGAGUUCAUUCUGGCCGGGCCUGUUUCUUCUAAAGGGGAGGAGGACUUCCUCUCUAUUGCUGCCUCACGCCUCAGCCGCAGGAAGCGCGUUAUUGGCGCGGCAGUGGGCGUGGCCAUGGUACUGGUGCUACUGGUCGCUAUUCCGCUAUUGGUCCACAGCACCAAACUGGGUGGGUCUGGAGGUGGAGGUACGCAUUAUGAGAUGCUUGGAAGCUGUAAGAUGGUUUGUGACUCUCUAACGCCCACCAAUGAACUAACACCUGUUUCGCCUCCUCCUCACGAUAUCCCUGGACGCAGAGGGGGAGGCAAGUCAGGUUUUCGCGGAAACCAAGGCCCACCAGGCCCACGUGGGCCACCUGGAGAACCAGGAAAACCAGGUCCACCUGGACCUCCAGGUCCAGGCCCAGGGGGAUACAUCCCAUCGUUCUACAGCCCCAAAAUAGCCUUCUAUGCUGGUCUGCGUAAGCAGCAUGAGGGGAGCGAAGUACUCAAGUUUGAUGAUGUGGUGACAAAUGUAGGGAAUUACUAUGAGCCUACCACAGGCAAGUUCACCUGCCCUCUUCCUGGAAUCUACUUCUUCACCUAUCACGUGCUCAUGAGGGGCGGAGAUGGAACUAGCAUGUGGGCCGACCUCAAGAAGAAUGGACAGGUGAGGGCCAGUGCGAUCGCUCAGGACGCAGAUCAGAAUUAUGACUACGCCUCUAACAGUGUGAUCCUGCAUUUAGAUGUGGGAGAUGAGGUCUGUGUGCAGCUGGAUGGCGGAAAAGUGCAUGGAGGAAACACCAACAAAUACAGCACAUUCAGCGGAUUUCUCAUCUACCCUGACUAACAAAUACAGAAACACAUAUACAGUAUCACAUAUUUAACACCAUCACACCAGACUGAUUGAUAAACAACAACAUUUGAUUCAAGUGAUACAACACUUGAUAAAACAUCAAGAGGAAACAUUGUAAAAUUAACUUUAAAAUGAAAGUAUACUUUCCGAUUAUAGCUAUAAAGUCAGCAUUGACAACCUAUUUUACUCUUAAAAUAUGAUUUAAUUCUAAGGAAAACAGUAUUUUAAGUGAGAAAAAAGUAGGUGCCCAAUCUAAACUUGAUUAAUAAAUUGAAUUUAAAGCAGAAAAAACUGCCAAUGAAUUAUGACAACAUGCAAAAAAAUGGUCCUGGUAAGAAAAGAUGACUUUUCUCACUUCGCAAGCAGAGUAAGAUGUUUCCUGUUCAGUGUUGUAUUUAACACUUUUUAAGGCAUUAACUUGAAAUAUAGACUGGAGCCCACCAGUGGUGAACAGUAUGUUUAUUAUUAUUAAGUUUAUUAUUUUUAUUUCAAAUUGCCUAAAAUCAAAAUGUCAAGCUACAAUAUGCCUUUUAAAUCUUAUGUGCAAUGCUCAUCCAGAUCCAUAUAUCAUUAGGCUAAAAAAAAGAAAACUAUCUUUAAGGAUUACCUAAUUAUUUUGUUGCAUUUUACUUGAUCUCCAUCCUCUGCAUCAUGUGUAUGUGUGUGCAAAACUUGGAAAAGGAUGUAUGCAUUCCAUGGCAUGGAAACUGUAUGUUUUUAACCUCUAUGUCUACUAAGUAUGUACACAGUGUUUAUACUGGAGAAAUUUUGAGAAUAUUGUGAAAUUAUAGAUUAUAAUUAUAAAUUAUUCACUCUCUGUAUAAUGGCACAAAACAUCAGUUAGUAGACUAAACAUUUAAAAGUGACCUGAUCCAUCUGUAAUCGGAAAACAUCCAGUUUCUCUCUCUCUCUCUCUGUGUGUGUGUGUGUGUAUAUAUGUGUGUGUGCAUGUAUCAGAAAUUUAAGUUUUUAAGUGUGUGUCCAUAUCAAUAAAAAGUGUUUGAAAUUUGCUUCUAAAUAUUUGACUUGUAUAUUGAUUGCUGUUGUAAAGUCUUGCUGUUGUGUAAUUAAUCAUUAUUAGAGACUUUUAUUCUGGCAUGUUAAAGAGUACAUGCUGUAAAUAAAAAAUGAACACUU